ACAAUCCUGCUCUGAGCCGCACAGAGGAGCGUGAUAGGCUGCUGAGGAGGGGAACUGCAGCACCGCUAGCACCGCUGUCAGUAAACAGAAGCCCACUCCGAAUGAAUGCAGCGCCCAGAAUCAGCUGAACCAGGACGCUCCGUCUGGCGGAAAAGAAGUGGAGUAGUCGUGGCUCUGCGGGUCAAGGAAGCACGGGUUAUUCAUGUCCAUACUCCGUCGUUUGGCCGUGUACGCCUUACGGUUCCGAACAUGGAGUGUGAUUUACCAUGACAACUGAAUCGGGCGCAGACUCUGAGGCCAAACAGCCGCAGGCGAAUAAGGAGGCAGAGAAGGGGAAAACUAAAGCAGCGGCUGACCCUGCCUCACCCCAGAAACAGCCGGAGCAGCUCCCAGCCGCAGUUGGACACAGCACCCCGGCCAGGAAAGAACAGGAGCAGCAGGAGGAGGACCAAGAGUCCCACAGGUCGUCCACCAGUCGUCUGUCAAGGUCUCCUUUGAGGGGCGUAAAGAAAGUGAAGAUGAUGCAGUGCAAGAUCGCUCUGCUGGACGGCUCUGACUACACCGUCAACGUGGAGAAACGGGGCAAAGGCCAUGUGCUCUUUGAUAAAGUGUGUGAACACCUCAACCUGCUGGAGAAGGAUUAUUUUGGCAUCACAUACAGAGACGUAGAGAACCAGAAGAAUUGGUUGGACCCUUCCAAAGAGCUUAAGAAGCAGAUCAGGACUGGUCCCUGGAACUUUGCUUUCAAUGUCAAGUUUUACCCUCCAGACCCCUCACAACUGAGUGAGGACAUCACAAGGUAUUACCUGUGCUUGCAGCUGAGGGAUGACGUUGUUUCAGGUCGUCUGCCUUGUUCCUUUGCCACCCACACACUGCUGGGAUCCUACACGGUGCAGUCUGAACUCGGAGACUACGACCCAGAAGAGCUGGGCAGCGAUUACAUCAGCGAAAUCCGCUUCGCACCCAACCAGACCAAAGAGCUUGAGGAGAAGGUCAUGGAGCUCCACAAGACCUAUAAGGGGAUGACACCAGCUGAAGCAGAAAUCCACUUCCUGGAAAAUGCCAAAAAGCUGUCUAUGUAUGGAGUUGACCUCCAUCAUGCUAAGUUGGUAGGGAAUCUCUAUGAAAGCUUGGCUCCAGCUGAGGGAGAGGACUCUGAGGGUGUGGAGAUCAUGCUGGGAGUUUGUGCAAGUGGCCUCCUCAUCUACAGAGACAGGUUGCGGAUCAACAGAUUUGCAUGGCCUAAAAUCCUCAAGAUCUCCUACAAAAGGAACAACUUUUACAUCAAAAUCCGACCCGGCGAGUUUGAGCAGUUUGAAAGCACGAUUGGUUUCAAGCUCCCAAACCAUCGCGCUGCCAAAAGGCUAUGGAAGGUCUGCGUGGAGCACCAUACAUUCUUCAGGCUUGUGUCUCCUGAGGCACCUCCGAAGAAGUUCCUCAGCCUCGGCUCCAAGUUUCGUUACAGCGGCAGAACCCAGGCUCAGACACGGAGGGCCAGCUCUCAGAUCGCCAGGCCGGCGCCAUUGUUCGAGCGCUCCUCUAGCAAACGCUACAACAUGUCCCGCAGCUUAGAUGGAGCUCCCAUUACAGAGAACCAUGAGACUCCUGUGAAGGACGGCCCUGGUGACGGGGCGCCCAAAGUCAUUGCCAAGGAAGACAUCAUCACCACGGUAACGACAGAGAGGGAGGCGGAGGAGGAGAAGGCUGAGCGGGAAGAUGUGCAGAAAGGUGCAGCGGAGACACCAGAACCAGCUGUGACGACAACGCUCAGACAUGACACUAAGCGCUCCCCUCUUGUGUACGCCAAUGACCCCCUCCGCUCUGAGCUCUCCCUCCCAUCAACUCCCAUCACGUCAAGCAAAGUGCGGCGGAGGCGCACGGGGAGCGGCCGUAAGCGGGCCUCAUCGGUCAGCCCGGCCAAGAGCGCCAACGGCUGCCAGUGGCGGCAGGCCCGCGCCGACCGCAAAGCCGCCCUGCUGGAGGAGCAGGCGCUGUUGCUGUCUGCCCGCAAGCAGCGCCUGGAGCAGGGCAGGCGGCGUGGGGGCACCCUGUUCUCCUUCUCUCUGCACCUACCCGACCUGUCUUCCCUCCUGGACGAUGACGGCUACAUCAGCUUCCCCGAUUUGUCCGAGAUGCGCUUCGUCCCAGAGUGCGCGCAGAACUUCCUCCCCAUUAAGUCACCGUCUCUCAUCCCCUGCUUCCUCUUCAUCUUCUUCUUCCUGCUCUCCACCUCCUUCUCAGUCCCCUACGCUCUCACCCUCUCCUUCCCACUGGCAUUGUGCCUCUGCUACCUGGAGCCCAAGGCAGCCUCCCUGACCGCCUCCAUAGCCCAGGGUUACCAUGACCAUGACAGUUCAGAGGAAGAGGAGACUGACAGCGAACGUACGGACUUUGCCUGUGACGGAGAGAUGACUGCCACAGAGUCGGAAGCUGAUGAGGACUCCGAGAUGCGGACUCAGUAUAGUUUCAUAAGACGAGCAAAAGGGGAAAAUGUUUUUAUCAGACAUGGUAAUCUGAUGCUAGAGGACUCUGAGCCUCCACCCGAACUGGUCAAGCACCAGACAAACAUCAGCGAGCUGAAACGCUCCUUCCUGGAAACCGACAGCGGCGGCGCUCCAGGUCUUACAGAGUGGGAGAAGAGACUCUCCUCGUCGCCUCUGCGCUCACCCAGAUCAGAUGAAGCCCCAAUGAUAGAGCCGCUGGAGCCGCAGGACGCCAAAGAUGAACAGUUAGCUGGAGAGGAGAUCAAACCAGAGGUGGGACCUAAAGGCACCAUGGCAGCGGGAUAUCUGGUGAAAUACGUGGCGGAUAGUAUUAUAACAGAUGGGGCCACCUCCUCCGGACCCCACGGCAUUAGCUUGCCGACCACCAUAGACGACGACGUCUUCCUGGAUGGGACCCUGAGGGAGGAGGCAGAAGACAAAACCCUGGACUCCCAGGAGGAGGAGGUGUCAGCCAGGUCGGUGGUGAAGGUCAGCCCCGGAGCUGUGAGACAGGAAGUGUCCCAGGCCAUCAGCGACAAGAAAGGCACGCUCAUUAUCUUUAAGCAGGCGGAGAAUAAAGAGGACACCGAGGACGAAGGGACGAGCAAAAAAGAGGGGUUUGCAGUCCCAGUGGAAUCGGAAACUGUAAACGAGAAAGAAACAGAAGCUUCUGCUGUUGUAAAAGGUCAAACGUCAGUAGUUAAGAUGCUGAGUCCAAAGGUGGAGAUAAAAACUGGUGACUCGACUCAGAUUAAAGGUAUUGACUCUCCUAAGAAAGCAAUGGCAUCAUGGAUUUCUGAGGAGAAGGUGGAGAUUUCAGAGGUCACCAGUUUGUUUACAAAGGAAGUCGAAGUCCUGAAAACUUUGGAUGAGCUGCAGCAGAAAGCCGAAGAAAUCCAGUCUAACCACCUGAAGUUAAGCCUGACUCACAUUACAGUUUCUGAAUCUUCAGCUGCAUCCUUAGCAGUGUCUACGCUCGGAUGGGUUUCCUCCUCUCAAAAGGCAUCUGCUGACCAGGACGAGAAGGCAGCUGUUAUUACUGAAAAUGGAGCCGAGCCUGCCAAACCAAAGGCUCCUGACGGAGUGGAGGUGGCUGCCAAAGACGUGCCAGUGGUCCACACAGAGACAAAAACCAUUACCUACGAGUCCGCUGAGGUUGACACUAAUGGAGACGUAGACCCCGGGGUGCUGCUGAGUGCUCAGACCAUCACCUCGGAAACCACCAGCACCACCAUGACCACACACAUCACAAAGACAGUGAAAGGUGGAAUCUCAGAGACUCGAAUCGAGAAGAGGAUCGUCAUCACUGGAGAUGCAGACAUUGACCAUGAUGAGGCUCUGGCUCAGGCCAUAAAGGAAGCUAAAGAACAGCAUCCUGACAUGUCAGUGACCAAAGUAGUGGUACAUAAAGAGACAGAGAUCACGCCAGAGGAAGGGGAGGACUGACCCAGGAAUAACUGCGGGCUACUUUCUGCGACAACAUCCACUGCUCCACAACUUAACAUCAGGACUCUCAGAAGGCUCUUCUUCUAUGGAUGCUGCAGCUCGAUCCUCCACCCGCAAACAUCACCUGCAAAAACCAAUGAACCCACUCUGCAUGAGAAGGACGCAAAGUUGCAUCAUCAACCAAAUGGCCCGUCUGAUUUGUAUUUUAUUUUUCUUUUAAUGGUCCUCAGUCCGUCUGCACGUCGAAUCCCCGCGUGCAGCAAGCAAACCUUCCGCUUUCAAUGCCUUAUUACGAUUUCGAUGCAUUUUUAUGAUUGCUGAGGAUAAUUACUGUAGCAGCUUUUUAUUUAUGAAAUAAAGCUAUCACUCCAGAAAUUUGUAAUUGCUGUAGGCUGUACAUGUUAGGGAGCAAAACACUAUUUAACCUCAAUGUAGAAGAAAACAAAGCAUUGCUUCACUUUCUAUCCGGUGUGCCACGAUAGACAUUGCUCCAGCUCUGCCCUGUACAUAUCAAAGCCUCUCAAGGAAAGCAAGCAUACGGUGAUCUUUUAGGGUUGAUUUGUUUCUUGUCUGUUUAAAUUGAAUUCAUUUCACUUUUAUUAUAACUUCACUCUUUUUAUUGUGACACUUUUUUCCCACGCAAGCUCUAUUUUGGCAGAAGCAGAGGAAUCAAAGAAAACAAAAUGACUUUGACAUGCCUGUGCAGGCUUUGAAUGUUUUCCAGGGUGGGACGAUCGGCCACAGCACAAGCCCCGCGUCUGCGCAACCGUGGGGCAAAGGGCUGAGACGGCCGAGCUCCGCCCGAAAGAGAUGCAAAGCCGAUUGAGAUCAGCUAUCCUCCCUAAACAUCCAUUACCAUGUCAGCUGUAUGCCUUCUUUAUCUGUUCUAGUGUCUCUGGAAGGUGUCCAUCUACAGCCCUGUUUUCCACACAGUGGUGAAGGAAAAAAGUGACUGACGCAUUUGUUCCUAAUUUGCAUUUUAUCCCUGAAAUAAUAAAGUGACCACAGUACGACA